AUGGUAGGUUCAUGCACGUAUGAUGAAGUUGAAGGCAGCAUCAAGGCUCUAGCGGCUGAGGCUAAGUCCCAACAGAAGGAGCAUGAACAAUCUGCUGCUCAGGCUACCACGGCUAAGUCGACUGCUACUACUGCUGCUGGACAUACCACUAAGAAGUGA